GCCCAAGUCUGGUCGUAAUGUUUCCGAUGGCAUUUUGUACAAUUUUACUGGGGCUGUUUUUUGCGGAACGAACAUUCGCUUUCGAUCGGUCGCUUUCAACAGCUCACUUGAAGCUACGGUUCGAUCCACAAGAUUGUACAAUCACAUUCGGGGAGUCCGUUAGCUUGAGCCUGUUGAUUGACGGAUCAACUAUCACGAAUGUAUGCGUUCAAUUCAAUAUCGAUGGAAAAGAGUUCGUACAAGUGUCACCGAACGUCACAUGGAUAAAUGCAAAUCAAGACUUUAGCCGGAAUAGUACACCACUGGAAGUCAUUGGACUGCGUCCUGGAAGAUUUAUAGUCAAGCCCACUAUUACUCCCGAGAAUACCGUUGAUGAACGAAGGUUAUUCGUUCGGUUGAAGGUUGCCCUUUCAGAGCCGCUGAUUUACAUAUCUUUAUUGAUUGGGUGGACAUACACGGUCUGUUGGUGCAGUGGGUACUACCCGCAACUAUUGUUAAACUAUCGACGAAAAAGUGUGGUGGGCUUAAGCUUCGAUUUUCUCCACAUCAACAUUAUAGGUCACAUUUCUUAUGCUGUUUUCAAUUCAUAUAUGUAUUGGGAUAGUUACACUGAGGAGGAAUACUUCAACCGCCACCCGUUCGGCUUGAAUCCGGUGAUCGGUAACGACGUGGGAUUCGCCUUUCAUGCAUCGAUCGCUACUGGCUACACGAUUGUACAGUGUUACUGGUAUGAAAAUGGAGGCAACUCAGUGUCUUCUACUGCCAGAGGCAUUAUAGCCUUUCUUGUUAUCACGAUCAUUGUAUCGGGGGGCGCUGUGUUGAUGGGAUCUAUCCAUUGGUUGGACUUCCUGUACGUAUUGAGCUACAUCAAGCUGAUCACCACGCUGGUCAAGUAUUUUCCCCAGGCGUACAUAAACUACAAAAGGCAAAGCACAGAAGGGUUUGCCAUUAUGAACAGGUUGCUUGACAUCGCCGGGGGUUUGUUUGGAAUAUUGCAAAUGGUCAUUAAUGCGUGGAAUUUUGAUGAUUGGCAAUCUAUUUUGGGUGAUCCAGUGAAAUUUGGCCUGGGGGUAUUCUCAAUUUUGUUCGAUUUGGUGUUCAUUACGCAGCAUUAUGUUUUGUAUCGAAAACCAAAAAAGAUGCAAACUCACAGUAAAGUUCGAAGAGAUACUGCUUACCACGUAACCACGAAUCAAUGCGGCGAAAUCUAGUGAACAUCAAGUUAUGAUCUUUAAUUAUGUUGACUCAUUUUAGUUCAAGCGAAAUGUAUUAAUCUGAGUUCUAUCGUUGCGAUUUUUUCGACGGUAUUGUAUUCAAUCUUAUUCCUGAAAAACUUAGUUUAGGAAAUAUGACACGAUGGAGUGGAUUUUGCGCAAAUUAGAACUUUGAAAGGAGAACAUAAGUUUAAAAACUACAGUGGUAGACAUUCGUUUAGCCGCACCCUAUUUUUCCUCAAUAUUUUUAAAAUAAGUCAAUUCUUUCAUAAAAUUUGUUCAUAAGAGACUAUUAUUGUUUAUUUUUAUCGAAUUCAUUCUAAAAAAAGUAUAAAUUCACUUUUUGUUUUCUGAGUAAUUCAAAUAUGUGGAAUCAGGGUGGACAUUCGUUUAGCCGCAUCCUAAAAUUUCAAUAAAAGAAAAUUUGUGCGGCAAAUUUCGAGUCCAAUCGGUAGCUAAUAUUUAGUAUGUCCACCUCCAUUUCGGAUCACUUUGAAAACUCGAUUUGGCAUCGAGUCAGACAGCUUGUGUUGCCAUAUUGAUUAUAGCUCAACACUCCUGAAUUACUACUGCCUUGAGACUGGAAAUGUUGUCAAAUUGUCAUCCGUUUGCAUAGAUCAUCUCGGCCAAGAUUCUCCAUAUGUUCUCUUUGGGAUUGCAAUCGACUGCAAGCAGGUCAUUCAAGAAGCGAAAUGUCCUUCUCGGCAAACCAUGCCUUCGAUUGCUUGGAAACGUGGAUCUUUACAUAAUUCUGUUGAAAAAACGACAUCCUCGGUAGCGUUAUUCUCAAUAUGGCCAAUCAAAACGUCCUUUAGUAAAUGAAGGUACUUUUUCGGAGUUCAUUCGGGUGAAAAUGAUACAAAUGGGAAGCUUGCUGUGAUAAGAAUCGGCUCCCCACACUGUCAAACUUCCGCCCCCAAUGUUUCACUUCGAUCUCACGACAUGCCGUUGACUUAAAUUAUACCAAUAGCAACUGUAACAGUCCGGACCAUUUAAAUUGAAUUUUUUUCGCCGGAAAAUACAACAUUUCUCCAUUCUAGUUUCCAUUCCAUGUAUAGCCGGGCGAAAAUGAGAUGGUUCUGCUUAUGGGUGGCGGUCAGUUUCGGCUUCCCUUGAGGUUUCUUCCACAUGAUGUUUGGUGACUCAUUCAAGAUGCGCGCAAUAUGCCUCUUCGUUACUGGAACAACCGAUUCUGCCUUAUAGCGAAUUCGUUUUUAAAACUGAGUCAGUGCCAAACUGACUCUGUAAUAAAAAAACGUUUUCAGUUUCACGAAUGCGGUGGUUUGUUGGUGUGCGUUAUAUAGGGUGAAUGAUCUUGGUUUGUCCGAUUUGGAGUGUUUUUACGCAACUAGUACAUGCAAGUCGAUUUUUCUUCAUGAAAAUCACAUAUAAUCGAUACGAGUUUGGGUUUGUUGAAAAUCCCCAAGUCUCUAGUUGCUAGUACUAUCAUAAGGUGUUCAAAUUAUUCAAAUUUUUAUGUUUUUUAACGAUUUUCCUUAAAGAGGAAUUAUGAUCAUGGUUUGACCACCUCUGAUCAUGGUUUGCUCAAAAAAUGAUCAUGAUUUGUCCGGUUUUAGAAAUCACCAUUUUUGAAUGAAAACAUUUGAAUUAACAAGUAGAUGUUGCAUUUAUCAUUGCUUGAGUUUACUGUCAUCAUAUUGAUCCAUUCAUAAUUUAGGCUUCCUUCAGAAUAUUACCUUUUCUUGGGCAUUUUAAAAGUGUUCAUCUCAACACACUCAACACAGAGAAACUUUAUUUCUGUUAUCCGCGAAGGACACAAUAAACAAACUGUAUCGCGCCAAGCGGUUGCCAUAGAAAUCAUGUGGACAAAAUGACAUCAUUGAAUUGGACAACUCAUGAUCAGAAUUGAGUUCAUGAAAAUGCGUUUAUUUAAUGGUUUAGCUAUGUAAAUCUGAUAUAAAUGGUGUGCAAGAAUGAUGUUUACAAUAUUUGUAAGUUUUAUAAUUCAGAAAAGUUCUGAAUACGUGCGAAAUAAUUAUCUGGUGAUCGAUCAAAAGUUUGCUCGAAAAAGGGGCGCAUUGACACAAAUAGAAGGUGUAUUUUAAUCCAUUAAAACAUGUGAUUCCGUAAAAAUAUACUAUAAAACUACUGUAAAUCAUGAAAAAGGCAAUUUUAUUUAUAUGUUUCGAAACAUUCGAAUACCUUAUUUGACACAUGAGCGCUGAAUUUGAGCAUUCAAAAAAGUGAAAAACCAUGAUCAUAUUUUCGACUGGACAAACCAAAAUCAUUUACCUUAGUCUGAUUUGUUUAUAUUUGCUUCGGAGGUAAAUUAUUCUCUUUCAGAUCAGAAGGGCCAAGUGCAGUGUAAAAAUAUAAAAGUUUGAAUGAAAAUUUUUACUUCAUAUUGUUUGAUUACCUAACACAUGUAGUUCUGACACUCACUUAACCAUUUGUCGAUGCAUUUCCUGUUUAUUCCACAAAUAAUUAUAUUAUUCUGUGAUAUAGGGAAAAACCUCUUAUUUCAUCACAUAAAAUAAAUAUUCGAUACGUUAAAGUAAAUUUUCAUUCAUAAUUUUGAUUUUGAAAGCAGGUUUAUUCCACCUGAAUAUCCAUCAUUAUUUUUGCCUCCCAAUGAAAGCACACGUAGCUUAAUGCCGUCUACUCGAAUAUACUCUCCAAAAUCAGAAUCCGAACUGGAUUACGAUUCCAAUAAUACAAAAGCAAGAGCAGCAGGUUUUCCAUUUUCAUAGCCUUUAUUUUUAGAUUCUCCAAAACAAUACUCGGAACUUGAUAGUUCAGUAUAGUUGUAUUGGUGAACCCGAGUACCAACCCGUGAAACAUCUCAGUGCGAAACUAACAGCUUUCGGGGCGAACUAGUGCGACACUGAGUGCGAAACUGAGUGAAUAAAAAACGUUUUGACAGCAGUUAGUGCGGCACUGAGGUUGAAACUGAACAAAAACGAAUUCGCUAUUAUGGUGAAGGUGGAAGCUAGCCACAAAUGGCUGCCACAAUGGCACUCAUUUCUUUCAUCUCCCUCCCUCACCCAUCGCCCGUAAAUCAAUAAUUUUGCGGAACAGAGUGUAGACAAUGAUCGUUUUCGCACACUUCCCAUCAAGUAAUAUCAACCAAACUCUAAUCGAUUACUCACAAGAUAUUAAAUUUUCAUCUGCUUUCGCACCGUAUAGUGAAGAACGUCGGAAAACUCGAGCAAGUGCUCUGAAAGUUAAAUUUUCGUUUUUCAAUCUUCUGCAAUGGUUUUGUUUGUAUUGGUGGAAGCAUCGUUAUUUUUUCGACACUGAUGCCAAACAACAUCAUCGAAACAGCUAUAAAAACCACUCAAUAAAAUGUUAUUCCGGAGUCAUAGCGUCCCAUGUCAUGAAAAUCAAUAGAAUAAAAUUGUGUUGAUAUCAAUACAAUUAUUAUUUUUACGUUUAAUGGGUCUAUAAUGUAAGUUUUAGCAACUUUAACAUUGGGUAAGAAAAUUGUAUUGCAGAGCUCGGAACACUGCCACGGCUGCCUAUGCUUUCAAAAACAGUAAACGGAAAAGUAUUAAAUUCAAUCUAAAUGCCUCGGCCAACGAAGAGAAGAGUUAAGGCUUUCCAACGUGAAUAUGUGAAAACAAUACGAUCAACGAAGGAAAAUAUUAAGGAAUUAUCAACAUCGAGUUACUAUGCGGAAGAACUUGUUAAUACCAAAAGUACCCCAAUUCGCAUGUAUUAUAAAUUUGCUCAUGUUACGCUCGCGUAUAAUCAGAAUCAUAUGCAAAUGCACCUUCUAUAUAUAUUUAUAUUUGCAAUUGUUCAUCGGAACAUAUCGUUCAUACAUUUUACUUUAGUAUUGAAUUGUUAUUUGUUUUUUUUUUAAAUGUAUUCAAAGACUCGUGUCAAUGAAGCGCCACACAGUCUGAUAAGUGAAUUGAUCUAUUUACGUGUGCUUUGCUCUUCUCUCACAAACACUAUUACCCCAUUUUUACACGAGGGUUUACCUAUACUACUACAAUGGCUAGCUUCCACCUUCACCUUAAUGUAUGAGCAGGACAUCGUUUCCUGGUUGCUUCUGUCUUAUUCGACCUUUAAGACGCAAAGAAACUUUGGUGUUCCCAUUUGUUGGUCGUUAUAUCCCAUAUUCCUGGCAGUAUUUAAAGAAAUUCCGUACCACUUUCUCAGAUCGAUCAAUUUUUGUUACGAUCGAGCGAUUAGAAAACUUUUGUUCACUGAAUAUCUUUAUUAUUUUCCGUCCCUCUUCCGUCAAUAGAGUACCUUUCGCCAUUCCUUUAAAUUCUACGUAAAUCACUAAUCUGACCAACUUCUUACGUUGCACAUCUAAUAUUUAUCUUGUAAAUUGAACAUUUCCAAGUAUUUUUUUCAAAAAACAGAAAGUGGGUUAUAUCUAUGGUAUAACCGC